CUUCAAAAAGAGAAGAGCUCAAGAAGAAGAAGAAGAAGAAGAAGAAGAAGAAGAAGAAGAAGAAGAAGAAGAAGAAGAAGAAGAAGAAGAAGAAAAAGAGACAAUGGGCAAAGGAGUAGUAUCAGAGAAGGUGAAGCUUGUGGUGGCAUUGAUCACACUUCAGUUCUGUUUCGCAGGCUUCCACAUUGUCUCAAGAGUUGCUCUUAACAUUGGUGUCAGCAAAGUUGUGUACCCUGUUUAUAGGAAUCUCCUUGCCCUUCUCCUCAUAGGUCCCUUCGCUUACUUCUUCGAAAAAAAGGAAAGACCUCCACUCACAAUCUCUUUACUGGCUCAGUUCUUCUUCUUGGCACUCAUAGGAAUCACAGCGAACCAAGGAUUUUACCUAUUGGGACUUUACUAUGCAACUCCAACGUUUGCUUCCGCAAUGCAAAACUCUGUUCCUGCCAUCACGUUCAUCAUGGCUUGUACCCUAAGGUUAGAGCACAUAGACCUGGUCAGGAAACAUGGUGUGGCCAAAGUAUUGGGAACUCUUGUGAGCAUCGGUGGAGCCACCGUGAUCACAUUAUACAGAGGAUUUCCGAUAUUUGACCAGGGCCUUAACAUGCAAAAGGAAGAGGUGAUCGGAUCUGACAAAUCAUCACACAACUGGAAACUUGGAUGGUUAUACCUUAUGGGACAUUGUCUAUCAUGGGCUGGUUGGAUGGUUCUUCAAGCUCCUGUUCUAAAGCAAUACCCGGCAAAGCUCACUUUAACAUCCUUCACAUGUUUCUUCGGUCUGAUUCAGUUUCUGGUCAUUGCUCUGUUUGUGGAAACUGAUCUUAAUAACUGGAUCAUCGUCUCCUGGGAAGAGCUCUUCACCAUCCUAUACGCCGGAAUAAUAGCAUCCGGGUUGGUUGUUUAUCUUCAAACAUGGUGUAUCUACAAAAGCGGUCCAGUCUUUGUCGCUGUUUUCCAGCCUCUCCAGACACUUCUUGUUGCUGCAAUGGCGUUUCUUAUUCUUGGUGAUCAGUUAUACUCCGGAAGGAUUGUUGGUGCAGUGUUCAUAAUGCUAGGGCUCUACUUAGUUCUUUGGGGCAAAAACGAAGAAAGAAAACUGGCUCUUGAAGAAAGUCAACAAGACCCAGAGUCAUUGACCAAAAAUCUACUUGAGGCACAACACAAGAAGAGUAGUUCUGAAUCUGAAGUGUAAAAGUUUACACAGCUGCAAACAUAACGCAUUACUUCUCUGUACAUACACACACAAGAACUUGGCCAACACACAGGCUCCUCAAGUGGGUCUCUCAUACAAUUGAUAUUCUAGUCGUUUACUUUUGAGUUGUAAUCAAAAUUGGGUUGCAAU